AUGGCUGGAAGAAUUCGUCAGCCCGUCGAUGAGACGGCGCUUGAGAAAUACAUAUCUGAUAAUGUACCUGUGAUCAAGACACCAAUUGAUCUCAAGCAAUUUGGUUUUGGCCAGUCCAAUCCCACGUACCAAAUCACUGCUUCCGAUGGCCAACGCUUCGUGAUGCGCAAGAAGCCACCUGGAAAGCUUCUUUCCAAGACCGCUCACAAGGUCGAGCGCGAAUACCGUAUUAUGCAUGCUCUGGAGAACACUGAUGUGGCUGUCCCCAAAACGUACUGUCUGUGCGAGGAUGAUUCGAUCAUAGGAACGCCGUUCUAUAUUAUGGAGUUUCUUGAUGGGCGUAUCUUUGAGGACUUUACUAUGCCAGGCGUAGAGCCAGCUGAGCGUGAGGCCAUGUGGCGUGAUGCUGUGGUGACUCUGGCACGCUUCCAUGCCGUUAGUUACAAGAAAGUCGGUCUGGAGAAAUUCGGCAAGCCAUCGGGGUUCUAUCCUCGCCAGAUCAAUACAUGGGUAACCAUUUGUGGAAGUCAGGAAAAGGCUAUCGAUAUUGAGACCAAAGAGCCGGUUGGCAAGCUUCCGUAUUUCGAGGAGACGGUGCGCUUCUUCAAGAACGAGCGAUUACAGCCGAAGGAUCGGGCAACGCUGGUACACGGCGAUUACAAGAUCGACAAUCUGGUAUUUCACAAGACGGAACCGAGAGUGAUUGGAAUUCUAGACUGGGAGAUGUCUACCGUUGGCCAUCCACUCUCGGAUGUUUGCAACUUCCUUACAAACUUCUACUCGGCCGAAUCGCCUGGCGCAAUACCCUACGACGCAUCUGGCUUCCUCCCUGGCGCAACCUCCGGCCUUCCGCAACCCGAGCAGAUCCUGGAGUGGUACACGGCGCAGAGCGGGUACGACGCUCGGCCGGAGGUGCCGUGGGGCAUGUCUUUCAGCAUCUGGAAGCUGGCGGGCGUAUGCCAGGGGAUUGCAGCGCGGUACGCGCUCAGGCAGGCGAGCAGUGAGAAGGCGAGACAGCAUGCCGAGACGAGGGGAUCUCUGGCUGAGUUCGCGUGGGCGUUGGCGAAAGAGGCUGGUGCAGAUGAGACUGGAACGAAACUGUAG